AUGCACUGGAGACGGCGGAAGCGGUAUGAGCAAGCGCGACGGAUCCUCCGCAGAUUCGCAAGGCGCUGCGCCACACCGGCAGCGAAGCUUUGGCAUGUUGCGGAUGAAAUGGCGUCUGAAAUAGAAGCCACACUCUCGUCCAGUGAUCCAGCCACCAACCUACGCGUGCUUUUCGCAUAUCUUGCACCACUUCCUACAGGGGAAGAGAAAGGAAUAUAUUAUGGUAUAGAUCUCCGGGGAACAAAUUUUCUUAUUGUAAAAGCAAGACUGGAAGGCAAAGAUGAACCAUUGAGUGAAGUAAGCAGGCAUGAGGUUGCAAUUCCUUCUGAUAUUAUCGCUAAAGUUGAGUGUACCAGGGAAUUAUGUGAUUUCAUGGCCCUUGAGCUAGCAAAAUUUGUUUCAUUCCACAGUGAAACAGAUAGUGAUGCACGCUCAACAGAAAGAAAAUUGGGAUUUACAUUGUCAUUUGCGAUGGACGAAGCUCCUGAAUCUUCUGGCAUGGCAAUCAAAUGGAAUAGGUCAUUGGUCGAUGACACAGUUGGGAAGGAGCUGGCAGCUGAGAUUAAUCAGGCCUUGGAGAAGCAUGGCAUAGACAUGCGUGUUUUUGCAGUCGUUAAUGAUACUGUAGGAUAUUUGGCUGGAGGAAGGUAUUACAGCAAUGAGAGUGUUACUGCGGUGAAUUUAUCAAUGGGCACCGAUAUUGCUUAUGUUGAAUUGUCUAAACAAACCCCAAAUUCACCAAAAGAAUCAUCAAGAUCAGCAGAAACGGUUAUCAAUGUGCAAUGGGGAAAUUUCAGUUCCUUGAAUCUUCCAUUAACGGAGUACGAUACCUACUUAGAUGCUGAAAGCAAGGAUCCAGGAAGCCGGGUAUUUGAGAAGCUUAUUUCAGGCAUGUUUUUAGGAGAGAUUGUUAGAAGGGUCUUGCUUAAGAUGGCUCAGGAAGCAGCCCUGUUCGGGGAUUGUUUGCCACCUAAACUAACCACUCCUUACUUAUUAAUGUCACCUGAUGUGGCUGCGAUGCACCAAGACGCAUCCGAGGAUUAUCAAGUAGUGGGAGAGAAAUUGAAGGAAAUUUUUGAUAUAAACAAUUCUACUCCAAUGGCGAGGGAAAUAGUUUCAGAGGUUUGUGACAUUGUAGCAGAACGUGGGGCUCGACUCGUUGGUGCAGGAAUUGUGGGAGUUGUGAAGAAGACAGGACGCAUGGCGAACAGGAAGAGUGUGAUAACGAUCGAAGGAGGCCUGUACGAGCAUUAUCGCAUAUUUAGGAACUAUCUGCACAGCUGUGUUUGGGAGAUGCUGGGAAGCGACCUUUCAGAAAACGUCAUCAUCGAGUAUUCUCAUGGAGGCUCCGGCGCUGGUUCUGUAUUUCUGGCUGCUUCACAGUCGCAUUUUGAACGUUGAUUAUUACUGCUAAAGCCAACCAUCUUUAUUCUUAAAUUAUUUGAAAUGAAAAGCCCCCACUUGUACCAAACAGUUGGAGAAAAGACAAGGUUGAAUAGACUAGAGGUGCAGGGGGAAGAUGUCUGAUGCAGCACUGUCUUGCCAACUUAAAGAAACUGCAAAGGGAAUUCCUUAAUCUGUACAAAUAAAUGAUAAUAAAUGUAAAAAUGCGUACAGACAAUUCCAGCCUAAUAAUGCUGGAAUGAUGAGGGAUGAUCUUGGUGUGUGUGGUCACCCUGACAAUAACUUAGCAUAUGUUCUAUGUA